UUUCCCCGGGAAAUACGAGCAUAUGUUGCCGUGUUGUUUGCUUUUUAAAACAGUUUAAAACAAUCAUGUACGUUUUAUUUCGGAUUCCUGAACAUACAAACGAUGCCUCCAGAUGUUGAGUUAUAACUAAACGUGGUGUUUACAAUUGUUAUUUUGGCGCUAAUUUGUGGCGAGAUUUAAGAUUACAGACAAUAACAACAACAGUUGGCGCCAGCGGGAAACAAACCGGAAACGCUAUUAGUCGAUAAUGCAAGAUAUGUUAUUAAGAGUAAAACACGCAUUUGUACGGUUCAAUAACAGCCUUACGUUCAGCUCUCCACACCCAGAUAUUAACUAUACUAACAAACACAUAGGAUAAACACUUCCAUAUAAGAAAACUUAGAAAUAUAAGAUGAUUUACGUUAAAAAAAGAAGCAGAAAUACAGAUUUUCAGAUGGGACAGAGAGGGACAAAGAGGGACAGAGAGGGACAGUUUAUAGAUUCAGAUUUUGAGACACAAUAUAGGAACAAUUUAAGAUGAUUUGUUAUAGAUUAAACCAUCCAACGUUAUAUGCAAGUAACUUAGACCAUGGGUGGGUUAACAGAACACUAAUUAAAACUAAACUAAGAGGUUUCUUGUUCACGGUUCAGCUUCUGAAAUGUUAAUAUUUGUUGCUUUUGGUUUUAAUGGAGUAUUUUCUCUACAAUGAGUACUACACAAUACUUGAACAUGAGUAUUUUAACAGUGUGGUAUAUUCUGUAUAAAGUGUUUGAAGACUUUUAACCUGGUAGUUUAACUAAUAUACAGUCGUUUAAAUUAAAUUAAACAGGUUCAUUAAUGUUGUGGCGGUCUCAACACGACUUAUAACUUCCUGGCAGUAUUUUAGAACACCGUUUAAAGGUUUUAAUGAUAAACUAAGUCGUGUUUGAGUCUGAAUCUGAGAUGUUUUGUAACAUCGUUUUUCACACAGUUUUGUAACCUCGCCCAAACAAAGACGUUGAUUCUCCCGCAGCUGGCCUGCAGCACGUGAUCUCUCUACUCGCCACCUGAUUGGCUCCGUCACAGCGUCAGUUUAAAGAGCCAAGCGCGAGCGGCGUUCCUAUUGGGCGACUGCCUUCCCGCGCCAAUAUUCCAAUAUAAAGAGGGAGCAGACAGCAGCAGGAGCCGUUCAGUCUCUCCGUCUCUCUGCUGCUUUUAACUUUCACACCGUAACUUAUUUCAUUUUAAACCCGUCACAAUGCUUUCUGCUCGCGCGCCUCUGUCCGCGAAGAAGGAGAACUCUCUCAGCAGUGAGAUGAACAAGAUGGCGCUGGACAAAGAAAACACGCCCCCGAGCCUGAACACCACGCGCAUCUUAGCGUCUAAAACCGCGCGGAAAAUCUUCUCGGACUCAGAGCCCAAAGCGAUGAAGAAGAUUGAGGAAGAGGAGCCGCUGCUGAAGGAGAACCCUCGGCGCUUCGUGGUCUUCCCGAUCCAGUACCACGACAUCUGGCAGAUGUACAAGAAGGCUGAGGCGUCGUUCUGGACCGCGGAGGAGGUGGAUCUGUCCAAGGACGUGCAGCACUGGGAGGCUCUGAAGGACGACGAGAGGUUCUUCAUCUCUCACGUGUUGGCCUUCUUCGCCGCCAGCGACGGCAUCGUCAACGAGAACCUGGUGGAGCGCUUCUCACAGGAGGUGCAGGUGACGGAGGCCAGGUGUUUCUAUGGUUUCCAGAUCGCCAUGGAGAACAUCCACUCAGAGAUGUACAGCCUCCUGAUCAACACCUACAUCAAGGAGCCCGCAGAGAGAGAGUUCCUGUUUAACGCCGUGGAGACGCUGCCCUGCGUGAAGAAGAAGGCCGACUGGGCCAUCAACUGGAUCGGGAACAAGAGCGCCAACUACGGAGAGCGCGUGGUGGCCUUCGCGGCCGUGGAGGGGAUCUUCUUCUCCGGGUCCUUCGCUGCCAUCUUCUGGCUGAAGAAGAGAGGCCUGAUGCCCGGACUCACCUUCUCCAACGAGCUCAUCAGCAGAGACGAGGGUCUUCACUGUGACUUUGCCUGUCUGAUGUUCAAACACCUGGUGAACAAACCGUCUGAAGACACCGUCAGUGACAUCAUCAGGGACGCCGUGACCAUCGAGCAGGAGUUCCUGACGGAGUCUCUGCCCGUCAAACUGAUCGGGAUGAACUGCGAUCUGAUGAAGCAAUACAUCGAGUUCGUGGCUGACCGCCUGAUGCUGGAGCUGGGCUUCUCCAAGAUCUUCCGCGCGGAGAACCCCUUCGACUUCAUGGAGAACAUUUCUCUGGAGGGCAAGACCAACUUCUUCGAGAAGCGCGUGGGCGAAUACCAGAGGAUGGGCGUGAUGUCGGGGACCAGCGACAACACCUUCAGGCUGGACGCUGACUUCUGAGGCCCUGAACGCACCGCGGAGAGAGGCCCUGAACGCACCCCGGAGAGAGGCCCUGAACGCACCACGGAGAGAGACCCUGAACGCCCCACACAGACCCAGAGAGAGACAGAAACCUCUCCUUUAACCUCCUCUCUGAUCUGCACAGUAUUUAAUCCCGAGAGGAAGACCUACUUAGUUUUUAUCUAACGUGCUAUAUUAGUAUGUUUCUAUAGAACGACCGGAUGUGUUUUUAGUUACGCUUUGUACAGUUUUUGUAAUAAAAUGAAAUAUAAUGCA